AUGGCAUUUCAAGUUAUCUUGGCUAAAGUUAACAGGAAUGGUGAUAGAGUAAGUUCAAUCCAUAGCUCAUAUAUUGGACUAAAAUCCAAAUAUCAUCACAAAGACAUAAAGACUAGUAAUAUACUGCUAGAUGGGAACUUUAAUCCAAGACUUGGUGAUUUUGGAUUGGCGAGGCUCAUGGAUCAUGACAAAAAUCCGGUUUCAACACUUAGUGCAGGAACUGUGGGCUACCUCGCUCCUGAGUAUCUUCAGCAGGGGAAUGCAACUAAGAAAACGAUUCGGAGGCCAACUGAGAGGGAACUAAACAUACAGAAAAUGGUGAAUUUGGUUGACUGGUUAUGGGGAUUUUAUCGUGAGGGAAGGAACCUUGAAGCUGCUGACAAAAGGUUGAAUUAA